UUGGUGUCACUUGUGUAUUCCCCAUUGACCUAGCUAAGACUCGACUCCAGAACCAGAGACAUGGUCAACAGGUCUACAAAAACAUGAUGGAUUGUCUAGUCAAAACCGUGCGAUCUGAGGGGUAUUUUGGCAUGUACAGAGACAUGGGUCCCCCCUGGGAUAGUGAAGGCUAGCCGAUUAAGGCGCAGCCACGCUGGAGGCAAAUCAUUUAUCAUGGUUCUGUCCACUCUGCUCUAUUACAAUUAGGCACAAAGUUUUUUUUUGUUGUUGUUGUUAUUGAAUAAGUAUAGUUCCUUUGUUUUGUUUUCUUCAUAGCCUCUGAAUUUCUGUAGACUUUCAUUUUGUCUAUUACUAACUCUUUGGGCAUGUACUGUAAAAUUACAUGCCUCUCUAACCAUCUUGUGAUAUCACUUUUGGUUUUCUACACUUCUCUCCCAUGAAUACACAUUAUCUGCCCCUAUCCCUUGCAUUUUAAGAGGGCUAUUGAAAUAGAAACUAUUUUCUUACUCUUCCUUUAUGCCUGCUUUUUACUCUACUCAUAACACUUUUUUCUUCUUUUUUUUUUAUUUUAUUAAUUAAUUAAUUUUUUUUUGUAAUUGUUCUUAUUUACUUUUUUUAAUGCCUUUUUUUUAAAUUGUAUUAAAAUCUCUAUUUUUAUUUAUACAUAGUAUGGUUCUGUCUUUGGUAUGAUGUUGGUGGGGAAUGGGAGCUCUGUGAAAUGCAAGUAAAUCUUGCUACUUUUUUGGCUAAUCUGCUGUGUUUUUGUCUUUUAGGUGCUGCAGUUAAUCUUGCUCUUGUCACACCUGAAAAGGCCAUCAAGCUGGCAGCCAAUGACCUCUUUCGUCAACACCUUUCCAAAGAUGGGAAGGGUUUGUCGGUGUUUAAAGAAAUGUUAGCAGGCUGUGGUGCAGGCAUGUGCCAAGUCAUCAUUACUACUCCUAUGGAGAUGCUGAAAAUUCAGCUACAGGAUGCUGGAAGACUAGCUGCCCAGCAGAGAAUGCCUGGUAUCCUGGUUCCCAGUAAGCUGGCUCAGACAAACACGCUGCUGAGCCGAUCCUAUAAUGUCAUGCCGAGCUCUGCUGCUCAAACCAUUUCUGCAACACAAAUUGCCAAAGAGCUGCUACACACCAAGGGCAUCCAAGGUUUAUAUAAAGGGCUGGGAGCAACACUCAUGAGAGAUGUGCCGUUCUCUGUUGUCUACUUUCCUCUUUUUGCUAACAUUAACCGCUUGGGUAAGCGCUCUGGAGAUGAUGUGGUGCCAUUCUAUUGGUCGUUCAUGGCUGGCUGUCUAGCUGGUUCAACUGCUGCAGUGGCGGUUAACCCAUGUGAUGUGAUAAAAACCAGACUUCAAUCUUUGAGCAAAGGCACUAAUGAGGAGACCUACAAUGGAGUGGUUGACUGUGUGAGCAAGAUCAUGAAGAAAGAAGGACCCUCUGCUUUCCUGAAGGGGGCAGGCUGCAGGGCGCUUGUCAUUGCACCUCUAUUUGGCAUUGCUCAAGUUAUGUAUUUUGUUGGAGUUGGUGAAUUCAUUCUGAGCCAAAGGUCAUUUAACCUCCUGUCUCCAUAAGCAAGCCAGAAUUGCUGCAAAUGAACCUGUUCUGGGGACAUGAGACACAAUCAAACAUAAAUACUAGUUAGAUUGACAGCUCUGCUGUUUUGUUUCCUGAGGCAGUUUCUGACCUAACUGCACUUCCCGUCUGGUCUGCUCACUCAACUGUGUCCACGGCCAACAUUUUGCACUUGUAAGGGCUUCUGCAGGAGGUGAGAUGGUGCUCAACAUCCUUCUAGAAGGAUCUGUAAGUGAUUCCCCUCAGUGAGGGAGGAUGGUGUCACUAUCAAGGCACUAUCACCAAAUUGACUUCCUUUUUGUGUAGUGUCUGUUUUGUCAGUCAUUUAUUUUUGUGUUUUGAUGAAUUGAUGCAUCAUUGUACUAUUGGUCAGCGCCCCACCCCAUAUACAUAUACAUUUCAUAAAGUAUGGCAUUGAAUUGUUCUGUACAAUUUUGUGGAUCAGAUGAAUAUCAUAUGGUAAUAUCAUAUCAUAUGGCGUGUGCUGUGGCGUGAACGACUCAUGAUGGAGAUAACUGUACCUAAAGCAAACCAUAACACACUCUAGUUUUAUUCCUUUUAAUCACUAAAGUGACCUACACGUGUUAGUGGUGUUUUUGUUUGUUUUUUUUUUUGUUGGUUGGUUGGUUUUCUUCCUCCUUUUCACCCUUGUUAUGCACUAAACAAUUCCCAUAGGUAAUUGUGCUGCCAUAAUGGUAAAUGGUUCCAUCACAUGUUGGAGUAAAAGAAACAAACUAUGGUGCAAAUACCAUGGCACAUUCUCUGGAAUACGUUAAUUUAAAGUAAAUAACAUGGGAAUGCAGCAUACCAGAGUAAAAUGAUUCUGAUUGUACAGAAUGUGUAACUAUAAAGUAAAUAGUAUUACUAGAAUAAUGUCAAUUGUGAAGAUCAUGAAAUGCCUGUGUGGUUUACAUUCAUUAGAUGAACUGUUCUGUUGAAUGUUUCAGAAUGACCCAGAGGGUAAUGUAUGGUUUGGUGUAAACUGUAUACCUUUUAUAAAUUAUGCAGUGUUUUUUUUUUUUUAAUUAAUCAGCAUAGUCAUAAUGAAACAUUUUGAGCAAAUGUUAUGGUUUAUCAUUUCACAUGUAGGUUCAAUUUGUACUGUGAUAUUUACAAAACACUCAAAUAAACUGGAAGUAGCCAAGAGAA